GCCAUAGCCCGCGGACAUGGAGACCACGUACGUUCUCGCGGUGCUGUCGCUGCUAGUCAUUCUGUUACUGCUACUUUAUUGGUUUCUAUCGCAAAAAUGAUCACUUCCUCGACAAACCGAUUCCAUCGCUUCCGGGCCCAUUAUUUUUCGGUGGAACCAAAUCGCUGAUGUUGUCGCGUUGCUCUUUCACUGAUUAUGUUAAAACCAUCUACGACAGCUUUCCAGACGCAAAGGUGUUUGGCGUGAUGAACACCAUCCUACCGUUGUACGUCGUGCGCGAUCCCGAACUGAUCAAACAGAUCGCCGUCCGAGAUUUCGAGCACUUCACGGACCGUCGGCCAAUUUUUGGCUCUGACCAUGGCGAUCACCCGAAUCUGAUCGCCUGUAAGUCGCUGUUCGCCCUAACUGGCCAAAAGUGGAAAACGAUGCGCGCUGUGCUGAGUCCAGCCUUUACCGUGUCGAAAAUGAAGCUAAUGUUCGAGCUGAUCGUCGAGUGCAGUGAAUCGUUGGUGGCUUACUACCGCGAUCAGGGAGCGAAGGAGUGGGACGUGAAGGACGUAUUUGCGCGCUUCUCGAAUGACGUGAUCGCGACCUGUGCGUUCGGAAUCAAAGUGGAUUCGUUCAGUGAUCGCGACAACGAGUUUUAUCGCCGGGGCAAAGAGAUGGUUGUUUUUAACGAUUUCAAAACACAACUCAAAAUAUUCGGAUACCAUUUUGCUCCGUGGUUGAUGAAUUGGUUCGGCAUAGACUUGAUUGCUCAGGAGCAUAGCGAUUACUUUUCCGGUUUGAUCAGGGAGACGAUUAAAACGAGAGAGACCAAAGGAAUCAUCCGUCCGGAUAUGGUCCACCUUUUGGUACAAAGCCAGAAAGGGAUGUUGAAGAAUCAGCAAGAGGAUAAUCAUCAACAGAAAUCCUCUGAAGAUAAUCGAUCAUUAGUCGGAACCACCAUGACCGAUAGUGAACUGAUUGGACAGUGUUUGUUCUUUUUCCUUGCUGGCUUCGAUACGGUGUCAACCUCCCUGACUUUCUUGGCAUACGAACUAGCGUUGAACCCAGAGAUCCAGGAAAAGCUCUCUUCUGAAAUUCAAGAUACUCAUCGACUGCUAAACAAACAAUCGAUUACGUACGAAGCCCUUCACAAUAUGAAAUACCUAAAUAUGGUCAUAUCGGAAGCGCUGCGUAUGUGGCCAUCGGCUCCAGCCGUCGACCGACUGUGCGUUCAGGACUACACACUGGACGGUGGCGAGGGAUCGCGUUGCCACUUGGUGAAGGGAACCGGGGUGUGGAUCCCAAUCUACGGAAUCCAUCGCGAUCCGAAGUACUACCCCAAACCGGACAAGUUCGACCCGGAACGAUUCAGCGAGCAGCGCAAAGAGGACAUCCAGCCGGGCACCUAUCUGCCGUUCGGGAUUGGACCCAGAGCUUGCAUCGGAAUGCGAUUCGCGAUGAUGGAGCUGAAGUGUAUCGUUUACUAUUUGCUGCUGAAUUUCAGGCUGGAGAGGACAGAGAAAACAGAGGUGCCACCGCCGCUGGAGAAGGGAUACGUUACCUUAGGGGCCGCCAAUGGAAUAGUUCUGAAGUUGAUACCAAAGUAAUUAUUGUUAUAAUAUAUACCAGUGUAUUGGAAAUAGAAGCUGAAAAUUAAUAUAAUCAGGAAAAAUCCAGGUUGACAUAACUAACCACUCUAGAGAAAAGAUAAAAUUAUUAGUCGAUUCUAUUACUUUUUCAGAGCUUCUAACCUAUUCAAUUAAGUGAGGUUAGAAAAAUGCAAAAUGCCAAAUAAAAGUAAGAUCAAACCCAA